GAGAAGUGAACAGUUCCUGGUUUACCAGUGAAGAAGAAAGAGAGGCAGCGUUAAACCAUCAGAUCCUCCAACAUGAACGUUUGUCAGUCUCUGAUCUGCUUCUUCUUCCUCACACUGCAGGAUGGAAACAUUGGUCUCAUCAAUGCAGAAAUCAUCGAGCGUACAGGAACUGAAGGAGGAAACAUCACAGUUGGAUGCUCCUUCACUUUCUCUGGAAGGAGGAGGAUCUUCUGUAAGGACGAAUGUAAAGAUGGAGACAUUCUCAUUGACACAGAAGAGAUCACAGCCCAGAGAGGCAGAUACAGCAUCGAAUAUAAAAAGACUUCAACAUUUUCUCCAAUUCUGUAUGUGAGCAUCACAAACCUGACUCAGUCUGACUCAGGACGGUACAGAUGUAGUUUGGACAGAUUUUUGUCUCCAGAUGGAAACAUAAAUUUUGAGAUCCGAGUUACAGAUGCUCCAACCUCUCCUCUCAGACCCUCUUCACCAUCAGUCCCAUCAGCCUCCACACUGAUGACAUCACAGAGUUUAAGCUCCAUACCUUCAUCAGCCUCCACACUGAUGACAUCACAGAGUUUAAGCUCCACACCUUCAUCAGCCUCCCCUGAAGCCAGCGAGCAGCCUCCACAGAAACACACAGCACCAGCUGCACCUGCAGCUCACACCCCAAGAGCUCUGCUGUAUGUGGGUCUGACUCUGGUCCUCUUCUUCAUCAUGUUAUCAGUAGCUUUGCUGAUUUUCUGCAGGAAGAGAGCCUGGAAACCCAAAGAACCUCCUCUGGAAACUGAGUACGCUAUUGUCACUGAUGCCAACCGAGUGUAUGAGGAGAUCAGAGAGGACAGACAGAGCACAUCUCCUCCUGUAGAAGUGUCUACAGUUUACACUUACGUCAAAUACACCAAACCAGAUGGAGUGGAAACCACAGAGGAGUACAGCUUAGUCACUGCACCCACUUCUCAGAAGAAAACUGAAGACAACUGGAGUGACCUCACCUACUCUGAGCUGGAUCUUCCCAACGGUACAGCUGCCCUCGCUGCACAGCGCCCCCUGUGGUGA